CCAAACUUUACACUCAAAAAAGUAUAUAAUAAGUCUAAUGAAAAGCAAAUAGUCGAUCGGCAGAGACAAAUCAACAUAGAUUGAAACCAUCAAACGCCCCCGCAAGAAGAUACACCUCGGUCCCCUAACUUGACUAUAAUCGGCAUAUUUCUAUUACCUACAUCCACACUCGAAAAAAACACAGCCACUGAAUCAUACGUUCUGAAAAGUCCCUGCAAAAUGAUCGAGGCACUUGUCGUUUGCUUGCUCUUUAUCAUCGCCGUGGCGACCCUCUACUACGCUUACGAGCAAGGUCAUCUGGACCCUUAUAUCGAGCAGAUUGGCACAUACCUGUUCAAGGCAAAGGCAAUGGCCGAGAAGAAAAGACUACAAGCACAGGGCAUGAAGGCGGGGCAGGACUUUGUCGACUCUCAGCUGGCCGGGGUGCAGCAAGCCGAUCAAGUCGAGGCUGGUGUGGGCGCCAUCGGUGGUCUCAAGAAGGGCUUUUGAAGGCGGAAAAAUGAAUAAAGCAUAAAACCCGCAAAACGAAGACGGGGGGUAAAAAAUCAUGCCGAUAGUCUGAAAAAAAAAGCCAUUGAAGGGGUGGCAAGACACACAGACUUGUAACAGCGCCACAACGAUCAAAGAGGUCAUCACACGCGGCAGGUCAAAGUAGCGCAACAGUUGAGGCGUGGAGUCGGGGAUUGGUUUGGAGUGACCGGUGCCAGCUCAACUCACGGAAUGGUGCGGUUGUAUGAGGUUGUACAGAACAGGCGGGGACGGAUGAACCUACCUCAGGGUUCGGUCGGAACUUUACAUCGAAUGGAUUCAUUUAAUGUCGGAUGAUCAUGAAUCGGGGAGGGUAUGAUAUUUCGUAGUUUUUUGUGUAAUUUUAUUCAUGCAGCGUCAAGGGGGCGUGAUAACGGG